AUGACUGGUGUGACAAUAUUGCUGUCGCAGAGCUUUUACGUUGGCAGCACUUACGGAUCCGCGUCCGUGGUAAUUUUCGUUGAUUUCAUUUUGGCAACCGACAUCGACCAACCGCGCAUCGUCAUUUGCCCAAUCGAGGGACACCGUCCACCGCCAUCGCUAUGCGUGGUAAAUGGUAAUAGUUUGGUGGUGAGUAGUGAUUACUGA